GAGUUGAGCCACUAGGAAGAAUAUCGUUUCUGAAUCGGAUUGAAACCCUUUUUUUUUUAGGAUUCGAUCGUACAAGUUUGGGGUUUUUGUCGGGGAAAGGAAAUAAUCUGUUGUUCGGAAAGCUAGAAUAGAGAUGAGUACAAGUACAUAUGGUUUAUGCCUCUCUUCGGCAACGCCCGGUUCAUGUUUGAUCAUAUGCUCCAAUGGGAGAUUCGAAGCCAAAGCCUCGAUGAUCACGUUGAAACCGGCGUCGUUUCAAUCCACUGCGACUGCCGUCAACGUUUCUAUAAAAACGAGGAGAAGGGCUGUUUCCUGUCAAGCUGCCUCCGCCGCUUCCGUCGACGAGGACGAGAAAGAGGCGUCGGUUUCGGGAUCGGAGGAGGCUAAAGUUGGGGCCAAGGUUAGGGUAAAAGCACCCCUCAAAGUUUAUCAUGUGAAUCGAAUCCCGGAGCUGGACCUGAACGGCAUGGAAGGAGUGAUUAAACAAUUCGUGGGGGUCUGGAAAGGGAAAAAGAUUUCAGCUAAUCUUCCUUACAAGGUGGAGUUCGUCACCGAGGUUGAAGGACGAGGACCUGUUAAGUUCUUGGCCCAUCUUAAGGAGGAUGAAUUGGAUUUCCUUGAUUAG